CACUGCGCAGGCGUAGCUUCUCCGUUGCUAGGUUCUGCCUCGCGUCCAGACCGGUGGCCACGGUAAAGUUCCAGUAGCUCUGGGUCGCCGCGGGAUCCAUCCAAUUCUCCUCUCUGUGGUUGAGCAUCCCUGGCUGUCACCUUUCCUUGCCCGAAGUGCGAGGAUAUUUCCAGGUCCCUGCCCCUCCCUCCGGAAGGACCACCCCCUGAGCGCCUCGGUCCACACCCCUCCAGCCAGGCCGGCCUUUAGGAGGACGUCUGAAGAGUUUCCCAGCGGGCGAGGGAAAGAGGGAAAGUAGCCAGCCAUGUCGAGCGCAAUAUACAAUGAGAUGUGGCAUCAGACCCAAGAAGCCCUCAAUUCUUUGCUUGAUAAAGAGUCUCAGAAGAUGGUAGAGCCACACAGAAAUCAAGUUUUCAUCUUCCAUGUGUUAGCCACCUUCUACAUAAAAUAUGUUCAGAUCUUUAGAAACCUGGAGAAUGUCUAUGACCAGAUCGUUCAUCCGCAGAAACGAAUACUGAUCCGGAAAAUACUGGACGGAGUGAUGGGUCGCAUCCUGGAGUUGAAGAACGAAAUGGUUGAACUGGAAUUAACUGAGUUCCACUAUUUUGAUGAUAUCUUACAGGAUCUAAAGUUGGCUCCCCAACAAUUAGAUAUUCCCAUACCCAAGUAUUUUUUGAAGGAGAAGUUGGAAGUAAUAAAAGGAAGAGAGAAAAUCCUUGCUCAAAUAUUAGCGGACACAGGAUUAGACAUACAAGAAAUGAAAUUAUCUAUAAAGACCAUUUCCCUAGAACAGGCUGUGAAAUUAAUUCAGAUUGCAGAGAGGGCACGGCAAGGUCGCCUGAGAGCACUGUUCAUGAAGCAGAUCUUCCUCCAAGAAUUCAGAGCGAGGCAAGCCAAGCUCCUCGGCGAGAAGAUGGCAGACGUGGGGGCAGCGGCACUGCGGAUCCAGAAGGUUUGGCGAGGUUUCCACCAAAGUAAGAAAACCGAAAGAGAGAGACAAGAGGAGAUGGUGUUCCUGGGCAUGAACCCGCCUCCUCUGUUGAAUGAAGUCAGCGCUACAAUAAUCCAGGCUGAAAAGGUGACCCGCCUGCGGGAUGAGCUGCAGAUAAAGCAUGAAGAGGACUACAAGACCGCCCUGGACACCAUCAAGAGCCAGCUGCAAUUAAUAGAAGGUGCAGACAUCAAGGAGAACCUCCGAGACCAGAUCCGGCACUGGAUCAUCGAAUGCAGGAACUUAACUGGCACCUUCCCCGAAUACCCUAAAGCAGAAGAAGGAGGCUCCGCUAUCAUUUUUUCAAACAAGACCCCACAACAGGUUAUUCAAGAUAUUAUUGCAGCCCAAGAAGAGGAGGAAAAAAGAAGGAAGGAGAAGAAAAAGGAAAAAAAGCCAGUCAAAAAAGUUAAGGAAAAGAAAGUACCAAAAGAAAAAAGUAAGGAGGAAGAUGAGCUGUGGAAAAUGUCACCCAGUGCUUUCCUUCAAACAAUGGAGGAAGGAAAUAACAUAUACAAAGAAAUAUGGAAGAACAAAGACGAGUCAUUGAAUUUCCUCCAGGACUACGAUCCGGAAAUGAUCAAAGAGGAGAAACGGAAGGAGCUGGAGUCGGAGAUCCGGGUUCAGGUUGAUGAGCUGAUGAGACAGGAACUGAAAAACAUCAAACUAGCCGUGAAUAGAGAAAAGGAACUUCCGGUCAAAGCAGGAAAGAAAGGAGGUAAAAAUAAAAAUAAGGGGAAGAAAGGGAGAAGGGGGAAGGAUAAAGACCUGACGGCUGACAGAACCAUCGAGUCUCUGUACAAGGAACUGGUGGAGGAAGGGCUCCUGGUCCAGACUCUGAAAGUCAACCUCUCCGACUACAUCGGUGAGUACAGCUACCUGGGGGCCACUCUUCGCCGGGUCUCCAUAGAGCCCAUGCCUUCCCUCCUGGAUGUCAGACAGCUCAUCGCACUGUAUGGGAUCCUGCCACUAGGUUCCGCGGAGGUGCACCAGAACGCACCGAUGGUGAAGUCGCUGCUGCUGGCCGGGCCGUCAGGGGUCGGGAAGAAAAUGCUGGUCCACGCCAUCUGCAGCGAGACGGGCGCCAACCUCUUCAACCUGUCCGCGGAGAACAUUGCCGGGAAGUACCCGGGCAAAAGCGGCCUGCAGAUGAUGAUACACGUGGUCCUCAAGGUGGCCCGACAGCUCCAGCCGUCCGUGGUGUGGAUCGGCGACACGGAGAAAACCUUCUACAAGAAAGUACCCAACGCCGAGAGGAUGAACGAGCCCAAACGCCUGAAAAAACACCUUCCCAAAAUCCUGAAGCUCCUGAAACCCAACGACAGGGUUCUGAUCGUGGGGACCACACGCCGCCCUUUCGAUGCCGAAAUUCAGUCUUUCUGCAGAGUCUACCAAAAAAUCAUCUUGGUUCCCAGACCAGACUAUGCGUCCAGAUACGUGUUGUGGCAGCAGAUCAUUCAGCGCCAUGGAGGAGUCAUCACGAGUGCCUUGAACAUAAGUUGCCUGGCGAAGGUCACCGAUGGCUUCACCCAGGGACACAUCGUCCGGGUGGUGAGGAGUGUGCUCACUGACCGGAGACUCCGGCAGCAGCAGCAGAAGCCGCUCGUCGCCGUGGAGUUCAUUGGGGCUCUCAGCACCAUGGACCCCAUAUACCAAGAGGAAGAAGACAGCUUUAAGAACUGGUAUGCCAAAACCCCUAUGGGUAAAAAGCGUGCCUUGGCAUUGAUGGGAGGGAACACAGGAACUGCAAAGGAUAAAGGACAAAAGAAGGGGAAAAAGGAGAAAAAGAAGAAAAAGUAAUGCCUUUCUGAGGAGCCAUCCUUGAGUCUCUCUCGGGGAUGACGGUGGCCCCGACUCUCCAGUCUGAAGAAGACCCACGCUGAUGCCGCAAGCUCCUCAGCCUCUGACUUGCUCGGUGAGACCUUUGCUGGGCUGUACACCAGGCUAGCUGUCCGUGGCAACUGUUUCUAGAGCUUGUAAUUGUUCCUUAGUCCACGUAAAGUUUGUCCAUAACCAAAACUCAGUCUUCACACUCCAUGACGUUUUCAAGUUGGAUACUUCAUCUCAUCAGUACUAGUUGCCAAAUUUAAAAUUUGAUAGUUAGGAAAUACUCUAAUUUGACAACUAGUAAGUAACUAGAAUCUAUUAUGAGAACACUAGCUUUUUAUUAAUCCAUAUAUAAUGUAUAUUCUCUUGCACAUAUUUUAAUAAAUUAAUUCUUUGCUCUA